AUGGCUAACACAAUGGCCUCAAGACAUACACUCAACACACUUGAGGUCCGAUUGAAUGACAUUUGGAUCAGUUGUCAGAAAGAGAUGAUAGAAAUGAGAGACAAAAUCAAGAAAUUGAGUGAUUGUGUGAAGACAUCGGAUCUAAUGCUCGAAGAGAUGUCAAAAAUGAACGAAACUCUUGUGAAUAUCAUUGAAGAGAAUCGUCGCAACGGAUCCAAGAGUCCAGAACUUAGCAAACUUUAUACAGAGUUUUCUAAACUCGAAGAAUCAGUUGACCGACAAAAAGACAAUUUACUCGCGUUUAAGAAGUCGUUGAAUACAAACAAUGGACACAAUGUUAUGGAUUUGAUCCACAGUUGGAUACGAGUGACCGAAACUCGGGAUCAAUUCAUUCAAACACAUGAUGUGAUUGUGAGUCAUAGGAGUGAAGUCAUAACAAAGACAGAUCCAAUUCCUGAGAUAAUUAGUGAGGAAAAUAAUGACAACUCUGAUGGAGAUUAUCAACUGAUGGACGAAGACAUGGAGACAAUGGAUACUAUAAAUGAUGUCGUGAGUGAUAGUGGAAGUGAAUCUUCACAAGAGAUUAAACUCGUGAGUGAAAGCGAUAGUGAUUAUGAAGCGAAACCUAAGCGUAAAUCUCCGAAGAAGUCGAAACAAUCAAAGAAAUCUCAGAUUCAGAGCCCAUCCAAGUUCUUUGACGUAACCGAUGAACAAAUGGAUCAAUUAAUACGUCCGCAACACAAGAAGAAUGACUAUUAUCUGUGCGAUGAAAGCGGGUGUAUAUUCAGUACUGCCGAUAGGUUUAGGUUUUAUAAUCACCUCAAAAGACACACAACUCCUGGUUUGACUCCCGAAUGGAUGCAUAGAUUAGAGCGAAUGGACGACGCGUUACUCCCGAUGACUGAUCUCAAACUGAAGGCCUAUGUCUGCAAUUGGCCCGAAUGUGACUAUCGGUCGGCAAAUAAAAAGGGUUUUUAUGGACACCAUUACAGACACCAAAACCGGAAGGAAAGUGGUCUUAACAAAGCUAUUGUCGGCAAACGUACGCGUAUUCGUCGGCCAGAAACUGAACACAAACCUGAUUUGAUAAAACCCGAACACAUAAUCGACGGACAGACAUAUGUUUGCGAUCACAUCGGAUGCACAUUCCGGACACCCGAUAGGCAACGGUUCUAUAAUCACCUGCAAAGACACGCAAUGCCGGGUCUGUCGAGGAAUCAAUUUCGCCGAUUAGAGCGAAGAGACGACCGAACGCUUUCGCUGUGGGACCCGACGUUCGGCGCCUAUGUCUGCGAUCAUCAGAAUUGUGAAUUUCGGUCGACAUCUAAACCAAAAUUUUUCAUUCACGUCACCAAACACUCCAACUCUGACCUCAAAGACGAGUCUGACGUCGAGGCCGCGCAUCGGUCACGAAGAGAACAAAUUAUGAACGAACGAAUCAGUAAAUACUUAGUGGACAACGAGUACGUGUGCGAUGAGACGGACUGUCACUUCACGUCUGUCACCAAAAAGGUGUUUCACAGCCAUUGGCUCAAACAUAACUCACCGCGAGUUGUGUUGGCCGAACAGUUUGACCUCUCACUCGAGCGGCCAUUUGUGUGCGAUUGGCCCGAAUGCGGAUCCGCUUUCAACACGGAAAGUGGUCUUAACAAAGCUAUUGUCGGCAAACGUACGCGUAUUCGUCGGCCAGAAACUGAACACAAACAUGAUUUGAUAAAACCCGAACACAUACUCGACGGACAGACAUAUGUUUGCGAUCACAUCGGAUGCACAUUCCGGACACCCGAUAGGCAGCGGUUCUCUAAUCAUCUGCAAAGACACGCAAUGCCGGGUCUGUCGAGGCAUCAAUUUCGCCGAUUAGAGCGAAGAGACGACCGAACGCUUCCGCUGUGGGACCCGACGGUUGGCGCCUAUGUCUGCGAUCAUCAGAAUUGCGAAUUUCGGUCGACAUCUAAACCAAAAUUUUUCAUUCACGUCACCAAACACUCCAACUCUGACCUCAAAGACGAGUCUGACGUCGAGGCCGCGCAUCACUCACGAAGAGAACAGAUUAUGAACGAACGGAUCGGUAAAUACUUAGUGGACAACGAGUACGUGUGCGAUGAGACGGACUGUCAGUUCACGUCGGCCAAGUUUUUCCACAAAGUGUCGGUAACCGAGUUUGUAUUGAGUGGCGCUCAACACAACCGGCUUGUCAAACUGGAGAGUGAGCUCGCCGGUAAACACACGCUAACCGGGCUUACGCCUAGGCGAAAGUUGGACAACCGUAAACUCAGGAACCAUAAGAACCGGCAUUUGGGUAUUCAACGCAUGGCUUGCAAUUGGACCGGAUGUGAGUUCCGGUGUAACCGCACAUACGCUUUGAACGAUCACAAGCGCACCCAUACCAAGGAGAAACCCCGGGAGUGCACGUGGCCUGGAUGUGAGUAUAGGGCCAAUAGUCUGUGGGCAAUGAUUGCACAUAUGCGCAAACAUACCGGUGAAAAGCCAUACGAGUGUCCGUUCCCGGAGUGCGGAUUCCGCGCGUCUCAGAACUGCACUCUGACUACACAUAAGCGCCGACACACCGGCGAAAAGCCAUACAUUUGCACCGAAAUAGGUUGUGGUAAACGGUUCUCGUCAGCGCCAGGACUGUACUCACAUCGCAAGAGUCAUCACAACUCAAUGGGUUUACCGGCAAAGAGGGGACCGAAACCGAAACAAUAG